AAAUGCUUUCUUGCAUAAACUGGAUGGCCGCAGUUUUAAAGCAAGUCCCCCCACCGUUCGGUGCUGUCACGCAGCAUUUAAAGCUCAGGAAAAGCUGCUGUAGUUUGACAGAGAGGUGCGUCACCAUGGUGCGAGAGUAUUGGAGCUCUGUUUUGGAAUGAUGUCAGCAGCUGCCGCUGCAAAGGUUUCGGCUUUAAGAGUCAGGAGAGUAUGUUCAGCCUCUAGGGCCACAUCACACGAGUAGGCUGCUGUGACUCCAUUGUUUACAUUUAAAUCGAAAGCCUGAAGUAGGUAAGACUUGACACAGACCAUGAAUUACGUGGGGCAGUUGGCUGGGCAGGUGUUUGUCACAGUGAAAGAGCUUUACAAGGGAUUAAAUCCUGCCACGUUAUCUGGCUGCAUUGAUAUCAUUGUUGUCCAACAGCCGGAUGGAAGUCUCCAGUGCUCCCCAUUCCAUGUUCGGUUUGGAAAACUAGGUGUGCUCCGUUCCAGAGAAAAAGUGGUGGAUAUAGAAAUCAAUGGAGAACCUGUGCAACUGCAGAUGAAACUCGGAGACAACGGAGAGGCAUUUUUUGUUCAAGAGGCAACAAAUAAAAAGGCAAAUGUUCCAUUACACCUGGCCACUUCACCUAUCCUUAUAUCAGAAGGUGCUGCACUAAAAGAAGGAACAGUGGGAAGAGGCUUUCUUGAUAGACAGAGAAAUUUGGAAUCUAGUGGAUCCACACAAGCAUCAAUAGCUGUUCAUGUUAUUCAGCCCUCUCCGGAGAAUCAAUUGAGUAGCAGCUCAGUAAAGAAAAGAAGAAAAAGGAGGCGCAAAUCAAGAGUGGACAAUAUAAAAAGAGAUGAUAAUGGUGAUACCUCAGAGAAUGGAGACAUGUUUUCUAUUGAGAUCAGCUCUGAAGAAGAGGCCGAAUUCCUUGAAACCAUAAGGAACUCAACUAAUACGUACAGUGACAAACAACUGCAGGUCAGUACCUCGGUUAACUUCGCCCAAUCUCCGGUGCAUCCCCUUUCAGACAGCGAAUGUUCGUCCAGACAUAGUCUGCCUGUAGAAUACAAUCAACGUACUUCACAUCUUUUGGCUCCUGUUGCUGGAGGCUUGUCUAGCUCUUGUCCACAGCCAUCAUCUCUUUUUCCAUCUAUGCUCAGUGCUUCAAGAUCCCGCCCUCCUACUCCUAACAGUGAUUCUGAAUUGGUCAGCAAGCCAUCAGAAAGAGGGAUGAAUAGAAUAAACACAGAAAUGCACUGGGCAUGGGGAGAGCUACCUCAAACUGGCAAGCUUGUUACUCUUCCAAAAACAGAAGAAGUUAACAGGGUGAACAUCACCCCAUCAGGAAAAACUCACUUCAGAGUAAUCGAGAGUGCCCCUUUUGUAAACUCUCAUGGUGAUUCAUUGACUCCCCCUCCACUAGUGAAACCUGAGCCUUUAGCAGUAAGCGAGUUAAAUUCUCAGUCUGUGGACAAUUUUACACAUGGUUCAGAAAGCUUUGAACCGUCAACAGCUCCACUGGUACCAGAAAAUGGGGAGUCAAACCAUAUUGGCAAUCAGAUCAAGCAAAUCAACAAAACCGAUUCCCCAUGCAAGAAGAAAGAUAAACGUAGUCGUCACCUGGGUGCUGAUGGUGUCUACCUGGAUGAUAUCACUGAGAUGAAUCCUGAAGUUGCAGCUCUUUAUUUUCCAAAAUGUGAAAACGGCACAGCUAGCAGAAAUUGGUGUGAAAAUGGAGCACAUUCAGAAAAUCAGUCACCACAGACUGUAGGCAGCUCUGGAAUGGACAGUGGAAUUGACAGCUUCUAUGAUACUAUUGGCGACCUGCCAGCCAUUGCCAUUUCACUCUGUGGUGGGCUUAAUGACUACAAAGAAAUAACGAAAGAACAAUUUGUGCAACAUUCUGUCACAUAUCAACAGUUUGCAGAGAAUCCAGGAAUCAUUGAUGACCCCAAUCUGGUUGUGAAGAUUGGAAGCAAGUACUAUAACUGGUCAACAGCUGCUCCUAUGCUUCUAGCAGUGCAGACAUUCCAGAAACCAUUGCCAAAGGUAACCGUGGAAAACCUAAUUAAGGAAAAGAUGCCUAAGAAAGGUGGCAGAUGGUGGUUUUCAUGGCGUGGAAGGAGCAACAAAGUGAAAGUGGAAUCAGAAAUCGAGCAGAUUCGAAGUGGCCAGGAUACAAGGCAGCAAUCUGCACACCCUGGAAGCAGGUUAAAAGAUGAAUCAUCGUCAAGUGAUGAAGAUGUUAGAAUGAUCAACCAGAAUUGUAGCGCAGGCCAGCAAGAUCACAACCUGUCAGCUCUAUCGUAUAUUUCAUAUGUGAAAUCCCUUCGACUCAGCUCUGACCAACUUAAAAGUCUCCAACUAAAGGAAGGUCCAAAUGAUGUUGUGUUUAGUGUCACGACACAGUACCAGGGCACAUGUCGUUGUGAAGGUACCAUCUACCUCUGGAACUGGAAUGACAAAAUUGUUAUUUCGGAUAUUGAUGGAACAAUUACAAGAUCUGAUGCCUUGGGUCACAUUUUACCUACGCUUGGUAAGGAUUGGACGCAUCAAGGCAUCGCAAAACUAUAUCACAAAGUUAGCCAAAAUGGCUACAAGUUCCUGUAUUGCUCAGCACGUGCUAUUGGGAUGGCUCACAUGACUCGUGGAUAUUUGCACUGGGUUAAUGAAAAGGGAACAGUGUUGCCGAAAGGCCCUUUGUUACUGUGUCCCAGUAGUGUGUUCUCAGCAUUGCACAGAGAGGUAAUUGAAAAGAAGCCAGAAAAGUUUAAGAUCCAAUGCCUAACAGACAUCAGGAACCUCUUUUACCCGAAUAAAGAGCCCUUCUAUGCUGCUUUUGGAAACCGAUCUAAUGAUGUUUACUCUUAUAAACAAGUUGGUGUCCCAAUAAAUAGAAUUUUUACGGUCAAUCCCAAAGGUGAAUUAAUACAAGAGCAUGCAAAGACGAACGUAUCAUCUUACGUAAGGCUGAGCGAAAUAGUUGAUCAUGUGUUCCCUCUGCUAAAGAGAGAGCAUUCCUCCGACUUCCCUUGUUCAGAUACCUACAGUCAGUUCACAUUCUGGAGAGAGCAGCUGCCAACAGUGGAAAAUCAAGACCUUAAAGUAUAUCAGGAUUAAACACUACUGCACAUUGUAAAAUGAUUUUUAUUCCUUUUAAGUGCUAGCAGCCAUUGCUCAUUGUUGUAAGCUGAAAGUAAUGUAGGAAAGCUGCUAUCCUAUCGCUGAGCAUUUUACUCCAACUGUCCUUUAUGUAAGGAUUUUGAUACAGGUUAAGAGUGAAGUCACUUAAUAAAGGUGUGUUGCAUUUUGAGCACUAGAUUUCUUGGGGGGAAAGAAACAACUUUUGUUGUUCACAUUUUCUGUACGCAUGUUCCAAGUUGUUACCACAGCUACUUCAAGAUCAUUGUCUGCUCCUAAACGCUCAUUUUGUGAUCUUCAACCAGAUUCAUUAAUUUUUUCUUCAACAAAUGGAUUACUAUUUAUGAUAUGCAUUGAUUAAAGUUCGAGUUGCUCUCGAUGCAGCUUGCAUAAUGCCCCAGUAAACACUGCACUUUCAAAGGCUAAAGUAGCUUAAUCACUAGUCUCCACCAGAUAUUUUUCUCCCACACACUUCCACACCUUUUUCUCUCACAAGGGCAGUAACUCCUGCUGGGCUAAAGUUUUGCGGCUGCUAUUUGCGUGCGUUCACAGCAUCUCCGUCUUUGCAUCUCAGCGGAUGGUUGACGAUCAAGUGCAAAAACCUCGGACACAUUUCCCUAACUAGAGAACACUGAAGCUAAUUGAUAUAUAUAUAUAUAUAUAUAUAUAUAUAUGUACAUAUACACACGUCCCUGGCCUGCGUAUUUGCUCACUAAGCUACCAAGAGAUUACUGAUGCAUUAUUAAGACUGUAAACUAUUAUUUGAUCUAGACAUUGCUCUGAGGGGGCAGGGUUUUUAAUUAAUGAAUCCAAUUAUUGUACCUUCUAAUAAUUGCUUUAAUUUUCUGGAGAUGAGAUAGUAAAUAGCUUAUGUUACUGAUGUCAAUUCUUAUAUAUUUUUUCCCCAUAGAUGUUUUUAUAUUCCGUAUAAUAGUUGGAACACAGCCUAUAUUUUCCAAAAGCAAAAUACUGUGGGUGCUGGAAAUCUGGAAUACAAAUGAAAAAGCUGAAAAUGCUCAGCAGGUCAGGCAGCGUCUGUGGAGAGGGUAACAGGGUUAAUGCUUUAGAUUGAUGAGUUCUGAUUUAAAGGUCAUCGAUCUGAAACAUUAUCUCUCUCCUCAGAUGCUGCCAGAGCUGCUGAGCAUAUUCCUGCACUUUAGGCUAUAAAAUCAAUAUUUUCCCUUCGAUGUAAGGCUGCAGGUGCCACUUCUAUCAGUACAGUUGGAUUGCAGGCUUGUUGCAUGUUUUAGUAAUUUGGGAUUACUGCCCUUUUGUGCAGCUUUUGUGCUCCCUGACCCAAGCCAAGGGCUGCAAUGUGGCAUUUGGAGGAUGAACUGCAUCAAGCUCCUCCAACCAUCUGGGUCCAGUAUAUGUCCAACAAUCCAAAUGUAAAUUUUACAAAUCUGGAAAUGGCUUCAGCUGUGUGCAAAGAAACAUUUUAAGAUAUUAUUUACCUAGAAAGGAAAAUCUUGUAUCUCAAUAGACAAUGUAAAAUUAAAUGAGUUUCUUCCACUUAAAUGUAUUAUUUCCACACAAAAACCCUUUAAACUUUAAUUCAGGGGUAGUACUAACUCAUCUCAUUGAGGAGGGGAGAUGUAAAAUGAGUCAACAAAAAUGAGCUCUGUAAAGCAGAAGUACAAUGCAUCCAUAAUUGAAUAUUUUGUAUUUUAACUUUCAUUUUCUGAUACCAUGGUCACAAACUUGGAAAGUGUCAUUCCUGUGGUGCAUGCCUUUUUCUCUUUAGCUGUAAAUAAAAUGGGGGAAAAUCAGGCCCAGAGCAUAUGUAAAGAGUAUUUUCUUUCUAUGAAAGAUAGACAAUUGAAGUUUUGUUUUCAAAUCUGUUAUGUUUUGUUACAACUAGUACAAUUAUCAGACAACCACUGUGUAAUGAAUUGCAUUGUUACUGUAGGUAAAAUAAUGUUACAUCAUGUAGAUAAGACUGUCAAUAAAAUCAAAAUAUUAAAAU